GCCGGGGCCGGGCGGCCAUCUUGUGGCGGGGCGGGCGGUGUCGGCGCGGCGGCCUCGCGCCCUCCCCGCGGGCGGAGCAGGCCCGGCGGGCUGCCCCGCCGCCAUGUCCUCCUUCUCGGAGUCGGCGCUGGAGAAGAAGCUGUCGGAGCUGAGCAACUCCCAGCAGAGCGUGCAGACGCUCUCGCUGUGGCUCAUCCACCACCGCAAGCACGCAGGGCCCAUCGUCUCCGUCUGGCACCGGGAGCUCCGCAAAGCAAAAUCGAGUAGGAAACUCACUUUCCUGUAUUUAGCAAACGAUGUCAUUCAGAACAGCAAGAGGAAAGGUCCUGAAUUUACUAGGGAAUUUGAAUCUGUUCUUGUGGAUGCUUUUUCUCAUGUUGCCAGAGAAGCAGAUGAGGGCUGCAAAAAGCCCUUGGAACGACUGCUCAACAUCUGGCAGGAGAGGAGUGUGUAUGGCAGUGAGUUCAUUCAGCAGCUGAAGCUUUCCAUGGAAGACUCCAGCAGCCCCCAGACGAAAGUUGCAGAGGAGAAGAAGUCUUUAAAGCGGACUUUUCAGCAAAUCCAAGAGGAGGAAGAUGAUGAUUACCCCGGGAGUUACUCGCCCCAAGACCCCAGUGCUGGGCCCCUGCUGACUGAGGAUCUGAUCAAAGCCCUCCAAGACCUGGAAAAUGCAGCAUCAGGAGAUGCAACCGUGCGGCAAAAAAUCGCCUCCCUGCCUCAGGAAGUUCAAGAUGUUUCAUUACUGGAGAAAAUUACAGACAAGGAGGCCGCCGAGCGCCUGUCGAAGACGGUGGACGAGGCGUGUCUGCUGCUGGCCGAGUACAACGGGCGGCUGGCGGCCGAGCUGGAGGACCGGCGGCAGCUGGCGCGCAUGCUGAUCGAGUACACCCAGAACCAGAAGGACGUGCUGACGGAGAAGGAGAAGAAGCUCGAAGAAUAUAAACAGAAGCUUGCUCGGGUAACCCAGGUCCGCAAGGAGCUGAAAUCCCACAUCCAGAGCCUUCCAGACCUGUCCCUGCUGCCCAAUGUCACGGGAGGUCUGGCUCCUCUGCCAUCUGCUGGUGACCUGUUCUCAACAGACUAGAACAAACGGUGUCCCCCAGUUUCCACUGUUACCAGCAGAAGUAAGAAGACUCUGGUGUUGACUGGAAACCCAGUCUUCCAAGCUCUACAAUAGGAAGGAACUUGCAGACCCUGCUUUCAACUCUUGGCUGCUGAUGCUCCCCCUCUCUGGGGUGCACUGGCUCACAGGGAGGGGAGGAGGAAGAGCGAGUGUUUGUGAGCUCUGAAGGGAGUGGGGAUAGUCUGUCUAGGCAAACUUUUCUCAUAUUUUUCCAUACUCUUUAGUUGCUGUUUGCUCUUAGCACUUGUUACCCCCACAAAAGGUAUGAGAAUCAUGUACAUAGCUACCUGGAAAGCUUUCAAAGAAAGGUUGAGCAUAUAUUGUUUUUCUCUGUAAAAGUAUUGUAUUAUUUCUGAGUAAGUCUUGUCUGGUUUAGUUUGGUUUCUGAACCUCAUCUCUGAGAGCAGCAAGUAGAGUGGGGAUGUGUGUGUGCAGGCACUGUGCCAUGCCAGGGAAAGGAGGAGGCAUCUUCUGAGCAAUGGUACAGGGAAGUAUUUUCUGGAAUCUGCAGUUCCUCACACUGGUGGGGCUGACGUGAAGAUGGUUCCUAUUGAAACAUAAAUUGAAAGUCACCACAAGCAAUAAAAAUAAGCAGCUUUUCUUUGUGAAUUAGAGAGAGCUUCAUAAUUUACACUCUGCUGAGCAAUGCAGAACUGGCUUUUGCUUACAUGAGAGUGGAAGUAAAUUUUGUUCUAUCUACCUUAGAUUUAUACCACAUUUUUCCUCUUCAUUGUACAGAAUUAGAUGGUCACAGGAGCUUUGGUUUAAAAGACUGAGAGGUUGGGAUGGGUUUGGCAGCUGGUGAGAUCCCAAGGACAGGCACUGUCUGAUCUGCUCUGAGGAUGGUUACAUUGAAAAUACUAUUCUAUAAAUUCUCUCCGUAGCUUUAGUGAAGGUGUUUGAUGAACAGAAGUUAAAUGUGGUAUAAAAGCUUAUUUAUAUAGAAAAUAGACCCUUAUAUAUGCACAUGUUCUGUAUGCACAUGUACCAUGUCCAUGCAUGUAGAUAUGAGAAGGAUGUACUUAAUUUUGUGUCACGGAUUAUUGUGAGUUGAUUUUUAUAAUCAGGAAAAGUGAGGAAAAAGAAAAGAAAGCAAAUUUAAAAUGCUCAUAAUUCCAUUCAGUUGCUGGCUAACGUUUUAGCUGCUAUGGAUGUAGUUACAUUUCAGUUUGUGUGUUAGGUCUAACAAGCUGGACUCUGAUCACUGAAAACCAUUCCAAUUUGGAUAACAAUUCUCUUUAAAUUUAGCACCUCUCACUAUAAAACAUUUUAAGUUUCUGGAAACACUUGAUCUGGCAGUACAGGUUUUGUAACAGAGGCUGCAAUUAGAUGUGCUGCGUUUGUGCCUCCCUCUAGUCUUAAGCUGCUGUUGUCAAAGACGUGAGAGGAAACCUACAGAAAUGCAAAGCUUGUUCUGCAGCCUCAUUAAUUUAUUUUACAGGGUAUUCAGUAGCCUAUUCAGUUAAAACAAGUCAUACAGCAUUUUUUGGUCAUUAUGUUGUUAAGAAGCUCACAUCCCUUUCUUACUGACACUUCCUUUUGUCCUUUUUUUAAAGCUCCUUGCACCCUUCCUGCCCAGCCAAGAAAUGUGUUUUUCUCUUUAGUUCACAGGAGAUUUUCCAGUGGCAGAACUAUUCUUUCCAUUAAUUGGUUUGGUUGUGCAGCCUUUAAUGGUCCAAGCAUUAUUCAGAUAAAGCACUGUACAUUCUCUUUGCUUUUGCCAAAAAUGAAAAACAAAACCCCACCAAACCUUGAAGACCCAAACCAAAAGACUCCUUUCUGUCUUGUCUCAGCUCAUGGAGUUACCCUGGGGCUGUUUUAACCAAGAAUUACUUUGACCAUUGAUUGAAUGUGUAGCCAUUGUAGGACAAAAAAGCUGUCAUAAAAAAUGUAGACUAAAUGUGUGGACAUCUCACGCUGUUUGUUGGGCAGAUCUUCUGUGAGAGAGUUGUAUGUCCUCUUUUUUUUUUUUUUUAAUUGAAAUGUUUUGGGUUGUUUGUUUUUGGUUUUUGUUUGUUUGGUUUUUUUUCCAAAUAUAUGUGUGUGUUUUAUUUUGCUUAAUUUAAAUGAAGUCUUGUGGUUUUUAAUUUUAUUUGGUUUACUUUUUGGGCAAAGGGCAUCUGAUGAACUGGGUGACAUUCUCUCAAGGUUAAGCAGAUUUCCCCAAGGUGUGUCUUUUUUUAACAAAAGCUUAAAAACUGUAUAUGAAUUGAUUUAGGAAUUAAUUUAGACAUAUAGGCUGUCAUUUGUGACAGCAGUAUAUUCUGAAAUGUCUCAUAGAUAUCUAUUUUUGAAUAAAGAGGGUGUCAUUGAA